UUUGGUGUCACGUGAUACUUUUGCAAGCUUACAUUGGUACAUGUACACAGACCCCAUCGAGCAGGUCCUGCAGUUAAAGAUAAGGGUUUCAGCAGAAAGAGACUCCCUGAGUUGUUCUUAAAGCUGACUGCUGUGUAGUCUCGGUACUCGGUGUACUACGAGUGACUGUCAAGCAUGCUGCAGAUACAGUAUAUAGAUAAGAGACGGUAUAAGCAGUUGCAUAACUAUGCUCCUUUUUCACUAGUUUGGUUGAAAACGUGUAUCAUCAUUGAUGGCCUUGUUCAUCUCCUCUCUAGGCCCCUGCUGGAAGUUUUUGACAAGAGCUAUUACAUCACGGUUUCCUAUGAGGAGUGCAAGAGAAGGAGAAGUACAAGACAGUACACUGUUCCCGACCCUCCCGGCCUGUUUGAUGGCCAUGUGUGGCCAAUGUCCCUGAAGCACAGGAGAGAAAUGGAGAGCAGCGGCUUGAAUAUUGAGUGCCUGGAUGGGUUGAAGUCCAAAGAUGAGAUCUACAACCAAGUUUAUGAGGACAUUCAGAACAAUCUGCUCAAUCGAUUAUAGGUAAGAAGACCGUUUCCAAUUUGACAGAAAUUACAUUUAGGGGUGUCUGCGUGUAUAUCCUAGUUUGAAAUAUUUUCCACAUUUGAGGGCUGACUCAUUCAGUCUUAUUUCUGCUGCUAAAAAUAUUCUGCUUUUGAAAAAAACAAAUUUACUUAAAAUGUAUAG